AUAAACCAGAGCCAUCCCAAGUCCCAACUAGUAGCCAUAUCCCUAUUCCCUGGUCUUUGGUUCACUUACUUUAAAUAUUCAGUUAGUCAUUGUAAGAGUUGUUCAACUUAUAUGGUGUACAAGAUGUGAAUCCAUUUUUACGUUUUUUUUUAAUAUUAUAAAUCUUGUACAUAUUUUUGUCGUUCGAUUUAUAAUCAAGCAACUACAACGCACAUAGACGUGAUACCUACGCCUACCAGAUUCUACAGGAUAGUAAGCUUCUCAUUCUCAUACUCAUUGUGAGAUGUGAAUUACAUGAACCCACUGCUACAUUCGUUUUCUUUCUCAAUCGUAUGCACAUUAUAAUCGUUUGUGCAUGAACUAUUAUACCUACAACAUUCAAUAGGGUAGCCAUAUUCAUCCCUAUUUUUACAUGCUUAUUAUGUAUAUGCAAAACAAGAAUCUACUUCUAAAUUCUUAUUAUUUAUCGGUCCUUUGUUGUCGUCCGAUUCACAAUCAAAUGAACAAAAAUGUAUGAGUACAAUACUUACACCUACCACAUUCAACACCUUGGCCAGAUUCAUUCCCAUUUCACACCCAAUUUUGGUCCUAAAACUAUGAGCUUUCUUCUCUUGUUGUUUUGUCAAGGCCAUUUUUCUGUUAAGAAUUAGUUGUGGCCUCCCUAAAAGUCAUAUAAUUUACAAUUUCCAUUCCGGUGGUCCAAUUAAUAAUCACUUUCCCCUCUCACAUUAUGGGCUUCUCCUCUGUUUCCAAUUCCCCAGUUCUUUUCUUUCCAAAUUCCCCCAUUUUUAAACUCUUUAGAGGGUCCUCCUCCAUUCCAUAGACCAUAACUUAAUCAAAAUUCUGCACCGGCUUAGGAAAAUGUUAAAUUAAUAUGUAAGAAAUGUGCAAACAUGAUCUCCAAUUUGACUUUCUAUUCAACCAAUCAGACGGUGAUGAUCAGCAGCAGGAGUAGGCGAGCCCCAACUGGCGACUCUCUGAUGCGCUGAACUUAAACUUCUCUUCUUCUAAUGUUGAAAAACAACUCAGAUGAGUAAUAAGAUAGCUGGAUCCCGCCAUUAGAGCAAGUAAAUAUCAGCAUAUUUGACUCUUCUUCUCCCCUCUUAUAUAUUGGUCCUUCAUAACAAACCAGAAUCAAAAAGCAACCCCCUUUUUCCCCCAGAGGAAACUUCUCUCUCUUUCCUCUGUUUCUCUCUCAUUUCUCUGUUUUCCAUCACUUGUCUCAAUCUCAAGUUCGCUGGAUUCCGUUUUCCCAUUUCUGAUCUCAUAAAAACCCCUCCAGAUUCCAGUACCGAGAAAUCGAAGAUGUUCAGAACGCAAACCUGAAUUCGAAGGCCGACCCGAUUCUUCAUUCCAGAAAUCCUGAUCUGGGUACUCCCCUGUUUUCCAAGAAGAUGGCUCCAAGCUCGGUGGUUGUCACCAUCGAGAAGCCAAACAACUUAUCUGUAGUCCAAAUCAACGCCGCCACCGCCGGCGACGAUUCGCCAUUGCUUCCUGCCGACAAGCAGAAAGCGGCGAGCCCCAAGCAGUUCACCUUCUCCAUUCUGCUCAAAAUCUACAGAGCAUUCAGUUGCAUCUCAUGGCUCGCAGUCGGAUCCAAUUCCCUCUUCAGAUCGAUCAAGAAGAGGGUCUCCCAAUCCGAGGCCUCAGCCGACGAAGUAGAAGAGCAGGACAUGGAGCCCAGAAGUAGAGGGAAGCUAUACAACUUUAUUAAAGCGUUUCUCGCUAUCUCAAUCGGCGCACUUGUGGUGGAAGUCGUGGCUCACUACAAAAAGUGGAAUUUGAAUCUCGUCCAGCCGCCGUGGGAAGUUCAGGGGCUAGUCCAAUGGUCUUACAUGGCCUGGCUCUCGUUCCGGCUCGAUUACAUUGCUCCCACUGUGAUGAUGCUCUCCCAAUUCUGCAUCGUCUUGUUCUUGAUUCAGUCUCUGGAUCGGCUCGCGCUCUGCCUCGGCUGCUUCUGGAUCAAGUUCAAGAAAUUGAAGCCCCAAAUUAACGGCGACGAUUACGAUGUCGAGGACCCUUCUAGUUUCCCAAUGGUUCUUGUCCAGAUUCCAAUGUGCAAUGAGAGAGAGGUUUACGCGACAUCAAUCGGGGCGGCCUGCCAGUUGGAUUGGCCCAGAGACAGGCUGUUGAUUCAAGUUCUUGAUGAUUCAGAUGAUCCGAAUCUGCAGCUUAUGAUCAAUGAAGAGGUUCAUUCAUGGCGGCAGAAGGGGAUUAAUAUCAUUUACAGGCAUAGAUUGAUUAGAACAGGGUACAAAGCCGGAAACCUUAAAUCGGCAAUGGGAUGUGAUUACGUUCAGGACUACGAAUUCGUUGCCAUUUUGGAUGCCGAUUUCCAGCCCAACCCAGAUUUCCUCAAACUCACGAUCCCCCACUUUAAGGGGAAGCCAGAGGUGGGUUUGGUGCAAGCUCGGUGGUCAUUCGUGAACAAAGACGAGAACUUGCUGUCAAGGCUACAGAACGUGAACCUGUGCUUCCACUUCGAGGUGGAGCAGCAAGUGAACGGCAUGUUCUUGAACUUCUUCGGGUUCAAUGGGACUGCAGGGGUGUGGAGGAUCAAGGCGUUGGAGGAUUCCGGCGGUUGGCUUGAGAGAACCACGGUGGAGGACAUGGACAUUGCAGUAAGAGCUCACCUGAAUGGGUGGAAGUUCGUGUACCUCAAUGAUGUUAAGGUUCUUUGUGAGUUGCCGGAGUCGUAUGAAGCUUACAAGAAGCAACAGCAUCGGUGGCAUUCUGGGCCUAUGCAGCUCUUCCGCCUGUGCCUCCCUGCCAUUCUCAAAUCCAAGAUAUCAAUGUGGAAGAAGGCCAAUUUGAUCUUCCUCUUCUUCCUACUAAGAAAACUAAUCCUGCCCUUCUACUCCUUCACCCUAUUCUGCAUCAUACUCCCACUAACCAUGUUCAUCCCAGAGGCAGAGUUGCCACUCUGGGUAAUCUGCUACGUCCCCAUUUUCAUGUCAUUCCUCAACAUCCUCCCAUCCCCCAAAUCCUUCCCCUUCCUUGUACCGUACCUCCUCUUCGAGAACACAAUGUCGGUCACGAAGUUCAACGCCAUGGUCUCGGGCCUCUUCCAGCUCGGGAGCUCGUACGAGUGGGUCGUCACCAAGAAAACCGGGCGGUCAUCAGAGUCGGACCUGCUAGCCCUGGCCGAGAGGGAAUCGAAGUUGGCCCCUGCCGCGGCUGGCGAAGAGAAAGCUACGAUGUUGAGGAGGCAUUCGGAGUCCGGCCUGGAGCUGCUGAGCAAGCUCAAGGAAGUGGAAGCCGAGGUUGCUGGGGCGCCGAAGAAGAAGAAGAACAGGUUGUACAAAAAGGAGCUGGGGCUGGCUUUCUUGCUUCUCACGGCAGCUGCCAGGAGCUUGUUGUCGGCUCAUGGAGUUCACUUCUACUUCUUGCUGUUCCAAGGGCUGUCGUUUCUCGUUGUUGGGUUAGACUUGAUUGGGGAGCAAGUUAGCUGAAAAUAGAGGGAAUUGCGGGUUGUCAAUUUAAUUGAUUGAUUUCGUUUUGGACCGGGGCAUGUUAUAAGCCAAGGUUUUUUGUGCUUAUACGAAAGGAAAUGAUUUGGUGAAGUGGAGUUGGGGAUGGUUGAGUGAAAUCGAGAUCAAAUGGUCUCGAUUGGGUUGGGGUAAUAUAUGACAGAGUGGAAGGAAAAGAGACGAUAGAUAGGAAAACUUUUUUUUUGUUUUGUGAUUUGAAACGGUUAAUUAGAUUUAAAUUGAGUUUGUACAAUGUAAUUUUUAUUCAAUGUACCAAUAAUAGUAAUUAUAAUUUAUAACAUUUUUCAUUUUGCAAGCUCUUCUCAUAAAUUUAGCGGGGAAAGUAUUGAGAUUUGGCCUGAAUUGAAUCAGUUGAGAAAUUAUAAUUUAUAACAUCUUUCAUUUUGCAAGAUUCGGGUGAGAAAAUAUCCUUAAACCAAAUAUGAUUAACUCGGUUUCAUAUUUCAAUUUUGGGCAAAAAUAAAAUUGAAACCCAAUUGUUUCUUAAACAAUUUUAAGAAAAACCAGAUCAAAUGAUUCCAAUCCCAUCCUGGCCUUAUUUCUUUUUCUUCCCUCACUGUUUGCUUUUUCUCAGAUGGAAAAGGCAGGGCUUUUAUUUUUGCUUUGCUUUGCUUGCCUAGCAUGCCAUGUCUCCUCCCCUUGUUACCUCUCAUAAGUCCUAACAAAGGUAUUUUUAUGACUUGGUCACUCUCUUCCCUUUUGGUGGGUUAUGCUUGAAUUUUGUUGCUGAAUUUUCUGCAGCUGUCUUCUCCCGACGUCCAGUAACUUUUCAAAUUCCGGCAGUUUUGGGUGUCAAUCGUCGUCGGGAGCGGAAGCACUUGCGAUUUAGGCUUAAUCAUAAGCUGUUAGACUGGACUCUACUACCACGGCAAGAGUAGAGGGUCGAACCGUGGGAGAAGUGAAGAAAGAAAGAAAUCGACCACUUUCCCCUUUUACCUCGUUUCAACCCAUAACGUCAUCUCUCCUUCUUGCUUCCGCCAGUUCAGUCCAAGCUUCUAAAACCUAGAAAGGAAGUUGAUUCUCAGCUAUGGAGCGAGAGAAAGAUGCUUUCUAUGUUGUAAGGAAAGGCGGCAUGAUCGGGAUCUACAAGAGCUUCCCGGACUGCCUAGCUCAAGCCGGUUAUUCUGUAAGUUGUUGCUUCUCCCUUCAUUUACCCAAUCGCUCAUUGAUGAAAUUAUAUUGUGGGUACUCUUCAUUUUGAUGAACGACUGCUAAAGAGGAUUUCUUUGACUCCUAGUGGAUUGGCUACUUAGGUUAUUUUGUUGCUUUAAGUAUGAAAACCCUUCAACGUUUUGCUCAUUCUUGACAUUCUGCAUGUUCCUUUUGGCGAUGUCUAUUCUUGGAUUACUCACCUGCGGCAUGGUGGUUUUAUGCUAGGUUUCCGAUCCUUCAGUGAGUGUGUUCAAAGGAUAUGGUUUGCCCAGAGAUGCUGAGGAUUACCUUGCAUCACUUGGGCUUAGAAAUGCUGCUUACUCUGUCAGUGCCACCGAUGUUAAGGCUGAUCUCUUUGGGAAACUUGAGCCUUGCCGCAUCCAGGUAGCUUACAAUUUAGGAAAAAAGGCUUUCUCAUGGGUGUAUGGAAUCUCAGUCAAUGUGGAUACUAGAACUUCAACAUUUUCUUUGCGAAGUGCUUUACUGUUUUACCAGUUCUGGUCAUUUGCAAUUUUUGUUGUUUUAAUGCCUUCUUUUCUUGAAUUUUUAUUUACCUGAUCAAGAUUUUGAUAGUAGUUUUGCUGUGGUAAGGAGUGUUAGUUUGUUUCUUUGUAGUGUAUCUUUGAAGUGUCAUCUAUAGGCUUACACAUUGGUUGUUGUUUCUGUCAGCCGCCAGCUUCAAACAAGGGGUCUUCUUCAGAGCGCUAUCAGGAAACACCCACUGUACAUGUAAGUCCUUAGCAAGUAUGGACAUAGCAUUUCUAGUAUUGAGCAUAUCUCUAAUUGUUAUGAACUAGAAACUUGACAUCUUAAUCCGUGGAAGUAUGCAGAUUAGUGGUUUGUAACAAUCAUUUUGUCAAUCAAGUUUUACAUGUCAG